AUGGCGGCCUCCUUGGCCGGGAAGAAGAUCGUGUUUGUCACGGGGAACGCCAAAAAGCUGGAGGAGGUCAUUCAGAUUCUAGGAGAUAAAUUUCCGUGCACUUUGGUGGCGCAGAAAAUUGACCUGCCAGAGUACCAAGGAGAGCCUGAUGAGAUUUCCAUUCGGAAGUGUCAGGAGGCAGCUCGCCAGGUGCAGGGCCCUGUUCUGGUGGAGGACACCUGUCUGUGCUUCAACGCCCUUGGGGGCCUCCCUGGCCCCUACAUAAAGUGGUUUCUGGAGAAGUUAAAGCCUGAAGGUCUCUACCAGCUCCUGGAGGGGUUCCAAGACAAGUCUGCCUAUGCACUCUGCACGUUCGCAUUCAGCACUGGGGACCCGAAUGAGCCCAUACGCCUCUUCAGGGGUCGGACAAUGGGCCGGAUAGUGGUGCCCCGUGGCUGCCGGGACUUUGGCUGGGACCCCUGCUUUCAGCCCGAUGGAUAUGAGCAGACGUAUGCAGAGAUGCCCAAGGCUGAGAAGAACACCAUUUCCCAUCGCUUCCGGGCCCUGCUUCAGUUGCAAGAAUACUUUAGCAGCCUGACUCCUGGGGCCGGUAAUGACCACUCUGGCUGGGGAUCUGGAGAGGGGUAG